AGUUUCUCGCUCCUCGACUCGUGACACAUUUUUCCUUCGCUGCCGCAUCUGCCCUAUUUCUCUCUCUCUCAUCGGCGGUUCCCACCGGCGCUUGUUCUUUCUCCGGCGACUCUUGCCGUCCUCCUUCGCUCGACGCCCAAGUAUGCAAAAAAAUUAAAAAAGAUACAAAUUUUCCAAAACCAGCAAAUCCAAAUAAAAGAGUAGUUAAACCGAACUCGAAUCCAAACCGGAAAUCUCCACCCUUUCGAUCGGUCUCCAGAUUCGGUCGUCUCCCUUUUUUCCCCCUCAGUUUUGCUGUGAGUCUGCAAUUCCCUUUGUCUUUGUGAAAUUGGGAGUGUUAGGGUUUUGGAAAGAGGAAACACAGAGUAAGACUACAUCUGCAGCGGUUUUGUCUGACGACGGAAUACGUUCGGUGAUCUGUUAGCGAUGGCGGCGCCCGCCGAGAACUUCAACGGGAAUGUGGCGGAUCAGCAGGUUCCGCCUCGGCUGCAACCACUUGUAACGGACAUGACUGGUAUUUGCUUCAGGGAUCAGCUAUGGCUCAACACCUACCCCCUUGACCGUAACUAUGUCUUCGACUACUUCGCUUUGUCCCCCUUCUACGAUACGACCUGUAACAAUGAAUUGCUUAGGAGGAGAUCCGUACACCCUCUCGACCUCUCGCAGCUCUCGAAGAUGACAGGCCUAGAAUAUAUGCUCACGGAUGCUACGGAACCAAACCUGUUUAUAAUCCGUAAGCAAAAGAGGGACGGUCCCGAGAAAGUUACCCCGAUGCUAACGUAUUAUAUCUUGGACGGUUCCAUAUACCAAGCACCGCAGCUUUGUAACGUUUUUGCAGCACGAGUUGGCCGUGCUGUUUAUAACAUAUCAAAGGCGUUUUCUUUUGUCGCAUCAAAGCUAGAACCAAUUAGACAGGGCGAUGCUGAAAACCAAAAAGAAGCAUCUGAGUCGAAGCCAGCUAGUGAGACGGUGGACUUGAAGGAAAUGAAGAGAGUUGAUACCAUCAUGACCUCGUUAUUCCGCAAGUUGCCACCUGCACCGCCCCCGCCAGCAUUUCCAGAAGGAUAUGUGAGCCAGGAAGCGUCGGGAGAGAAGGAAGAUCUGGCGGAGUCACAGCCUCAGAUGGAUCCGAUCAUCGAUCAAGGUCCUUCUAAAAGGAUGAAGUUCUAAGCUUUCCAAGAUUUGCUUCGAGGAGAGGUGUAAGGCACCAACAAAAACACUCCCUUAGUUAAGCUCUAGUAGUCGGUCGGUCCAGGACGUAGGUAUAUCGAUAUCGACGGGUACUUGUGAACGGGAAAGCUGUGGAAUCCCUUUUUCAAGACCUGGGGAAUAUAGUUCGAUAUUGUACACGUCCGUCUGAGAUCCACAAAAUCCGAAUUCGAACCAGAUGAUGGGUUAAUCGGUGCACGAACUUCGAAUCCGGAUUCGGAUUGGAUUGGAAAUUCGAAAAUCGAUUAAUUUUCUUA